AAUGCGUCGCUAGGAUUUUAAAAUGUAUCGCCGGAGACGCGUUUUUACUCUUCUUACGCGUUUGUUCGUGUAUCCACACGCAUUUACCUUACACUUUCCUGACAAGCCCUUCCUAAUACCUACUUCCUUUCUACGAUGUACUUUUUUUAAGAGUUUGUCAAAGAAGCAUUUUGCCUUUUAUCCUCUUUCUUCCAAUACUAUUCCGUCGUUCCAACAAAUUGAAUGCAAACUACCAUGAUACCGAAGUACACGGAAGGAUUUUUUUCUCAUAUAUCUUUGUAUGCACUAUGUAUUUUAUUCAUGAUGAGCGAUGAUGGUCCGUCCUAUAUUUUGUAAGCAGCAUUACUUUGAGAACGUAAUAAAGCAUCAAAUCAAGCGUGUUUGUCACAAUGUUCCGAGUAUAGAUGCACUAAAUUCACAUGAUAUCAUCCGGUACAGAAGCUUUAGCAAACGUACAAACCUGCUGUAAAAAUUGAGUGACUGGCAUCGCAGAAUAGCAGCAGCAAUACCGGGAACCGGGCCUCGUGUAAGCAAG